AUUCUUCGCACGUUCGGCGAUAGUUUUACUCAACAUAAUAAUAACAAUAAUAAUCAUCAUAAUAAUAAAAAUAUAAAAAAAAGAGUUAGUAAGAGUUAAUCACGUGUAUACAGAAGUAAUUUAUUAUUUUAUGAAAUAGUUGAUUGAAAAAAAGUUUCUUCCGCCUUGCUUUAAUGUAGUGAGUUAUUAUUAUUAUUAUUAUUAUUAUUAUUAUUAUUAUUAUUAUUAUUAUUAUUAUUAUAUUAAAAAUAAAAACAUCAUCAUGAAAGUAUUGAGACUGAACACGCAUCCAGCCUCUGUGGCUUACUCCAUGACUACACUCGGAUCCAGUAUGAUGAACAGCAUUUUUAGUUUUUAUUACGUCAAGCUGUUCCUGAACAAGUACAAUAUAUCAGAAGGAGCUUUCCACAAAUCCCAGGUGGUGUAUCUGAUCUGGAACGCGCUGAACGACCCGCUCUUCGGCUACCUGCAGGACAACUCUCGCAUUUCCUGCUGCUCUCAGCGAAGGAUCUCCAUCCUGUACGGCGCUCCGUUCUACUGCCUGGCCUUCCUGCUCGCCUGGUUCCCCUGGCGAUCGUACGAGGCGGGGGACUGGCUGAGCGGCUUGCACCUGGUCAUCACGCUGUGCGCCUUCGACGGCUUGCUGACCUUCGUGCUCCUGGCCCAGUGCGCCCUCUUCGCCGAGAUCUCGGAGAACCACCAGAACCGGCUGAGGCUCAUCAAGUACAGCCAGGUGGCGUCUCUCGUCGGCUCCUCCAGCGUGCUCUUCUGCGGCCUCGUCUCCGACAACAUGGACAACUUCUUCUCCUUCCAGCUGUUCUGCGUGUUCGUGGCGCUGCUGGGAUGCGCCUGCAUGGUCUACACGGGCUUACACAGCCAGAGCCGCUUCGACGCGAAGGUCACGGAGGCGAGUUCGCAGCAGCCGCCUCUGUCGCUCGCCGCCGUGGCUACCAUGACGCGCCAGAUCCUCACCAACCGCGACUUCCUGCUGUUUGUAAUCAUGAACUUUUUCCAGGUCUUCCUCUUAGCCUUCUUUAACAACUUCGCCAUGAUCUUCGCCGACCACCUCAUCCCGGCGGACGUCCUGCCGUCGCUGGCCAAGAGCCUCAUGUACGGAGCCGGAUUUAUCUGCCCCCAGUUACUGGUGUUGUGCAGUCAGAAUCUGCUCCAUGGGAUUGGGUAUUACCGCAUCAUCCUCAUCACCUUCGCUGUGGAAGCAGGAGGCGCCGCGCUGAUGCUGCUGCUCGGGUCGGGACAGUACUACUGCCUCGCUGUGUUCAUCACCGUCAACAUGAUUUUGAUCCAGGCUGCUUUCAGCCUCUUCAACCUGCCUCUGGCUGACCUCAUCGACUUGGACCUGCAGAAAUACAAGCGCAGCUCUCCGCUCUCAUCUAUGGUUUUCGGGACCAACGCGCUCUUCACCAAGCCCGCCCAGUCUUUAGCGCCCAUGUUGGUGGUCUCCAUUUUAAACCAGUACGGCUACGAGGAGCUGAAGGACGGGAGCGUUAUCGAUCAGAGUGCACUGGACGCGCUCCACAGCACCAUGUUCUACCUGGUCUGCUUGGUGCCGUUAUUCAUCACCGCCCUGCAGUUUCUCUGCUGGAAGCCGUUCUCGAUCAGAGACAGUCACACGAUUGACUCAAAGUACGUAGAGGGAUGAUUUCGUGGAGACCCUCCGUAGUUUCAGUCAAUAUAAUUACAAUCACAAUAGAUUUUUCAUAGGAUUUAAAGACUAUUCAGGUUUUGGGGGAGGAUUUUUUUUUUUUUACUUUUUAUUAGUGGGAUACUAUAACUACUGACACAUUUGAAAAUGGCUGUUUUUUUUCCCAUCCAUGUCGUGAAUUUUAUGCUGCUGGUGGUGGUGUUACAGGAGCCCUUGGGAAGAUUGAAGACGGCGUGAAUAGUGAGAUUAUACGUUAUUACGUUAAUGUGAUUUACAGAGAAAAGACAAAAACGUACAAAAUUGCAUCGGACCUGACUUGCCUUGGAAGAAUGAUGAAAAUGAGCCCGAGUGGACGUGCCUCAUGCGACGACGGGUGUCUGUUGUCAAUUCUAGGGGUGCCAAUAAUUUUUGCAAAGAAAUAAAUAAUAAUAAAAAAUAAAAAA